CACAUAACGGAGUUGGUUUCAUACAAAUUUGUAUGAUUUUUUGUUUUAUUUUUAAAUUUUUAUAAAUUCUACAAAAUAUAUAUUUGGAAAAAAAUUUUAUAAAAAGGUGGAAGGAAAUAUAUAGCAAAUAAGCAAAAUCGGGGCAGCAAAUUAAUAUUAAUAUAUCGUCAAAAUAUGUGGUGUGUGUAAGAAUGCCAAUUCAGGCGCCAUCAUGGACAGAAUUUCUAUCCUGUCCGAUUUGCUGCAACGAAUUUGCACCUAAUCAGCGUUUGCCGAUAAGCCUCGGAUGUUGUCAUACAAUAUGUCGUUUGUGCCUUGGAACAAUACACAAUCGUCAAUGUCCCUUCGAUCAAACUUUAAUUACGACUGAUAUCGAAAAUUUGCCUGUCAACUUUGCAUUACUUCAGUUAAUCGGCAGUAGCAACUGCGCGAAUUUGGCUAAUGAUGAAGACAUCUUUGAAAACUCGCCACCAAGUGUGCGUGCUCUCGUUGGCGAAGAUUUUAAGUGCUACAGACUGUCUAAGAAAUGUAUCGAAAACUUAGCUCUACAUCUUAAACCGAUGCUAACAAAUGGCAAUGUUGGGACUAUGCUGUCACGCCCAAUGCAACGUAAAUUGGUGACCCUUGUGAACUGUCAACUAAUAGAAGUCGAAGGUCGUAUUCGUGCUUUACGCGCUGCACGUUCAUUGGGAGAACGUACUGUUACCGAGUUGAUUUUACAACAUCAAAAUCCGCAGCAGUUAAGUUCUAAUUUGUGGGCUGCUGUUCGAUCACGUGGUUGUCAAUUUUUGGGUCCACCUAUGCAAGAGCAAGUGCUUAAAUUAGUCCUACUAGCAUUACAGGAUGGAAAAGCUUUGUCUCGUAAGGAGCUGGUUAUGUCUGUUGUUAAAAAACUAGAGCUACACUAUCCACAAGCUUCAAAAACUAGUAUUGGUCAUGUAGUGCAACUACUUUAUCGUGCCAGUUGUUUUAAAGUCUCGAAACGGGAAGCUGAUUCAUCCUUGAUGCAAUUGAAAGAAGAGUUUCGUACUUAUGAAACAUUGCGACGCGAACAUGACGCUCAGAUUGUUCAAAUUGCCACAGAAGCGGGUUUACGUAUUGCACCUGAGCAAUGGUCAUCAUUAUUAUACGGUGACACAAUGCAUAAAUCACAUAUGCAGAGUAUAAUCGAUAAAUUACAAACACCUUCAUCGUUCGCUCAAUCUGUGCAAGAAUUAGUUAUAGCAUUGCAGCGCACAAGCGACCCGUCAAAUCUUUCAAGUUUACAUGCACACUUAAAAUUGCUUGCUAAUAUAGAUCCUAUAGUGGAUACAGUCCCUUCUUGGCAAGAGGUUGCAAAAGCAUUGGAUGCAGUACGUUUUGUCGUUGUUGGUUUAGUAGAGUACAUGCAACAUCACGGAAAUCGGAAGCUACCAGACUGUUCCAUUGGACAAAUGAAUCCUAAUGCAAAGUAUAAAAUUAGCUUGUGCCGCGAUCUAUUUGCUAGAAAAAUAUGCACACGUGGAUCAAGUUGUACAUUUGCCCAUACUGAGGAAGAACUUGAACGUUAUCGAGCCAAAAGUCGGAAAAAUUCGAAACACGUCAUGCACACUGGUGGAAACAGUCAAAACUCAUCGAAUUGUAAGAACGAUUUUCAAUUACAACAUAAUCACCAUAGUCCGCAUACAGUGAUGUUACAUCCUGGCGAUGAUUCCACAGCCCCUACCUCGGUUUCUACAUCACCAAUGCGGUAUGCCACACCUGGACAUGGAAAACCUCAUCGUGGUAAUUACAGGGUUACAUCGCCAUUAAAUACUAAUUCUCCACCAGGCGGACAUAAUAUACAUUCAAUGCAUCAUAGCCCAAUUCCAACGGGCAGUAAUGUAUUACUAGGCGCUGGUCCAGUACCACCAAUAAAUGUGCCACCUUUGCAUUGCUACGAUCCGUCAUAUCAACCAUUAAAUUUUAAUUCACCAACACCGGCUGGAAUUGUUUCACCAAAUUCCUUUUGCAAAACUAAUAGCGGAAUAUUGCCAUCCAUGAAUUUUACAACUUUUCAACCUUCAACAUUGCCACCGUCGGCGAAUAUGACCACCGUUAACCCACCGAAAUAUUUAGGAAAUAAUGCAUCUGGCUUUGAUACACAAUUCGGUUCAAAAGGUCUUUACAAUGUGUUAGCAUCUGAUCUUUACAAUACGGGUGCAGUAAAUCCAAAUUCUUCAUUCUUCGGCAGUGGCAAUAAUUCAACAGUAUCAUCAGAUUUUUCAAUUCCAUUAAACGCUUCGAAACUAGCAACUUCUAAUUCCAUGUGGGUGAACCAAAAGAAGCAACAAACUCAGCACCAAGGUCAUGUAAAUGACAAUUCGCUUAGACACUCCCAAACGUUGCUUAGAUUAAAUAACAUUACUCCAGUAGAUGAUGAUUUUGAAAUUGUGCAAAAUAUUUGCCCUAAACCGGACUCUCCAGCUGUUGUUUGGAAGGGAAAUAUGUCUGAGCAAACCAUACAUAAUUUCAUUCAAGCAAUGGAUCAAAUUAAUUUAUCGGAAACUUCUGAUAUUACUAAAGCUGAUACCUUCAUGUCAAAUGACGCAUUUUAUGAUCAUGAUACUUUAGUUCGGCCUGAUAUAAUGUUGAACGAUGGAAAUACAAAAUUUCAUUCAGCUCCAAAUGCUAUACGCAAGGGUCAUAAAAAUAUGAUAAAGACUUCAGGCCGUGAAAAACAGCAGCAACAAAAGUCUUCAAAAGAAAACUCAUCUAGAUCUGGUGGGAACGAGCAAAAUAAUAUACAAACAUUGCUUAGAUCAAAUGACUUGCUUUCCGAUGAGAAUUUUGAAAUAGACACAACUAUUUGUAAUCGUACAGAAUCACCAACAUCAAUUUGGAAAGAGAACGUACCUAAUGAGCAAUGUGUGCAAGAAUUGGUUACUGGUUUACAACGUAGCGACGAUACGACAAACUUUCUUCCAGGUAUUAAUUCAAUUAAAAUGUCAAAUCUAUCACAUCGUGCUGGUAAUGUAAUAACUAAAGAUAAGACAUUUUAUGAAUGUGAUAACAUGAAGGUACCUGAUACAAUUAUGGAUAACGUUAAAGCAUUUCGUCUUUCGUCGAAUGCAUUGCGCAGGGUGCAUAAAAAUGCUACGAGAGUGCCAAAAGAUGCUUCGUUUAAAACAUCAUUUAAUGAGAAUUCCGAUAUAGUACAAAAUAUGUCUAACAGUUCGAAAUCUACACCAGCUAUUUGGAAUGGAAAUCCAAAUAAUGUUCAACCUGGUAAUAAAUUAAUGACGACUUUGCAACGUAGUGGUGAUAUUUCAAAUGUUUUGGAUAUUUAUACACAAGAAAGUAAUACAGCAGUUGAAAGUGCUAAUAUUGGUGCAACUGGAACGGAUGGUUUUCGGGAUCGAGAUAGUUUCGUGCGAUCUGAUUCAAUAUUGGAUGAUGAUGCUGCUACAUUUCAUCCGUCCUCUAGUACACUUGGAAACAAAUAUGGACCCAUAUGUCCUAUGUAUAAAGGUCAAGCAACAACAAGUCAUGUUGCAUCAAAUACAAACCCUUUACUGCAUAGCUGGAGUGGUUUGAAGGCUAAUAGUAAUGACGGUAAUAAAAGUUUUUCAGUGUUUUCGAAUGAUAACUUGCCGCUCAAAUUACCACCAGAAGUGCAUAAUGCCUACAAGUCAAAUGAACAAAAUUCAAAUACAGAAUUCGAGUUCAAAAGCAUGAAAAAUGUUCUCGAUAAUAUAAGUUUCGCAAAUAAUGCUUUGCCUAUACAUUCGGCUGAGAGAAAAGCUGAGAAUGCUUUCGGUUUGGGCUUAAAAUCAUUACAGCUGGUAGAAAAAAGUCUAGAUAAAAAUGAUAAUAUUACUGCUCAAGAGAACUCUAAAUUGGAAGAUACUUUCCUAUGGAAUUUAAAUACAAAUAUUUUCUGGAUGAAUACUUCUACAAAUGUCAAUAAUAAUAAUAACAACAUUUCUGUGUCUCAACCAACUAAAAAUAAUGAAAAUUGUGGAGAUACAUUUGACAAUUAUAGGCGGGAUAUUGAAAAAGAAAUGGCAGAUUUCUGUGAUGAAGUGUGGACUACUCCAGAUGAUAGUGGUAUUAAAUUGGAUUAAAAUUUAAUAUAAAGCCAGCAGAGCUGGAUUUAUGUAUUAAUAAAUUAAAUUUAUUAGUUAUUAUAAAA